AUGGGAUCAUCUUUCAGUUGCUGUGGUGAUGAAAAGGUUGAAGAAGGGCCAAACAAUGAAAUGGGUGGAGAAAAUUCUUGGAGAAUAUUCACAUACAAGGAGUUAUAUGCAGCAACAAAUGGAUUCAGUGAGAAUAACAAGCUCGGAGAAGGAGGUUUUGGCAGUGUCUAUUGGGGUAAAACCUCUGAUGGUCUUCAGAUAGCAGUAAAGAAGUUGAAAUCAAUGAAUUCCAAAGCAGAAAUGGAAUUUGCUGUGGAAGUUGAAGUGCUUGGGAGGGUUAGGCACAAGAAUUUGUUAGGCCUAAGAGGCUAUUGUGUUGGGAAUGAACAGAGGUUAAUUGUGUAUGAUUAUAUGCCAAAUCUGAGUUUACUCUCACAUCUACAUGGUCAUUUAUCUAAAGAAGUUCAAUUGGAUUGGAAGAAAAGAAUGAAAGUUGCUAUUGGCUCUGCAGAAGGCCUCUCGUAUUUGCAUCAUGAGGUUACACCCCAUAUCAUUCACAGAGAUAUCAAAGCUAGUAAUGUUCUCUUGGAUUCAAACUUUGAGCCAUUAGUUGCUGAUUUUGGUUUUGCAAAAUUAAUCCCAGAAGGGGUUAGUCACAUGACGACACGUGUCAAAGGAACAUUGGGUUAUUUGGCACCAGAAUAUGCUAUGUGGGGUAAAGUUUCUGAAAGUUGUGAUGUUUAUAGCUUUGGAAUUCUUCUCCUUGAGUUAAUCACAGGGAGAAAACCAAUUGAAAAACUGCCCAAUGGCAUUAAAAGAACAAUUACAGAGUGGGUUGAGCCAAUGAUAGCUAAAGAAAAAUUUAAGGAUCUUGUUGAUCCUAAAUUAAAGGGAAAUUUCGACGAGUUUCAACUGAGACAAUCGAUUCGUGUAGCAGCGUUAUGUGUUCAGAGCGAGCCUGAUAAACGACCAAUGAUGAAAGAAGUUGUUAGUAUAUUGAAAGGGGAAGAGGUGAAUUUUGUGAAGGUAAAUCAAAAUUUGAGAAUUCAAAGUAUUAAAUAUGGAGAUGAUUUAAUGGCAAUGGAUCAAGCUAGUGAUCAAGAUGAUGAUCAAAGUAGUGAUCAAGGGAAUGAAAGUAGUGUUUAUGGUGUGUUUGGUGCUAUGGAAAUGCAAAAAAUGCAAGAUCCUUACAAACGUUUUGGAGAGAAAUAA